AUGCUGCCCCUGCCCAAGCGUGACAAGUCGGGCAAGGCGACCAAGAACGUGGGGCGGUCGCUGGUGUUCAAGAGCCUGUACGGCGGCGCACCGGGCGCCAAGCCCAAGGACGCCUCCCUGGAUGGCCAAGCUCCGGGCCUCGGCGUGCGCUCCGCCGCAGGGGGUUACUCGUCCUCCCCCCAGCCCCCCCCUCCCGCCGCCCCCGUCCUCCACGAGAAGUCUUUCUCUCACCAUCGCGAGCACGAGCACGGCGCGGUGAUGGCCAAGGCGGUCAGCACCAGCAACAUGCAGCCGCAGCCGACGUCCCCCCCGGGCAAGAAGCUGGCCUGCGGGUCGGUGGUGAAGGGGGGCGCCGACGAGCUGGCCUUCGCGCUGACGAACAUCAACGGGAGGGAUUACAGCGCGUACCAGGACAUCAAGGGCUGCUGGGAGAUGAGGAACUUCAAGCUGUUCGUGGACCACGUGCAGGCGGACCCUUACGACGCGCCGUCGAGAUGCAGGGUGCAGGUGGCCCAAUCGGUGGCGUCCUUCCCGACGUGGCUGAUGAGCAACCGGGUGCGGCGCACGGCGCUGUGCGACUACCUGGCGCGGCGCCUGGCGGAGGUGCUGGGGGCCGCGGGGGGCGAACGGCGCGGGACCAGCGGGGACAACCCAGGAGGGGAGAUCACGGUGGACGCUCCGGGCCAAAACGUGCUUGAACGGACGUCUGUGACAGUGAAUUCGUCCUAUGUGGAGGCGCGCUUCUCGGUUGGUCUGCCAGCAGAGGGACGCACAGUCAUGGGGGACUGGGCCAUCCGGAUCCUUACAAAAAACCUUGCAGUCCAUGUGGAGCGUGCCAUUUUCUUCAAUCACCAGGAUGCACAUGCCCUUCAGCGGCACGUAGAGACCGUUGAGGACGCGAACAUCCUGCGGUCCCAGCUGGGCCAGCAAGGACUCGUGUCCUUCAUCGCAAAUGGGUCGAUCCUGCCAAGGAGAGCAGGGAACUCAAACAAGCCAAUGAGUGCUCAAGAGGCUGUCAAAUUCGAAUCUCCGCCCUCGAUGGAAGUCACGAUGUCUGCCCCGCACACGGGCAAGAUUAAGGGCAUGGGGAUAAAGAAGGGGGUCACCCUCAUCGUUGGGGGCGGCUUCAAUGGAAAGUCAACAUUGUUGAAUGCCAUCGAGAUGGGUGUGUACAACAAGGUGCCUGGCGAUGGCAGGGAGUUUGUUGUCACAGAUGCUGACGCUGUGAAGAUUCGCUGUGAGGAAGGGAGGAGAGUUGCUUCUGUGGACAUCUCACCAUUCCUUUCACUGUACGGAAAGGACACCACAAAUUACUCGACAGUGGAAGCAAGUGGCAGCACAUCUCAGUCAGCAAAUAUACAGGAAGCCGUAGAAGCUGGCGCCUCGGUUCUGUUGCUGGAUGAAGACUCGUGCGCCACAAACUUCAUGUUCCGUGAUGAGCGCAUGCAGGCCCUUGUUUCAAAGGAGAAGGAACCCGUUACGCCAUUCAUUGUGAAAGUGAGGACACUGUCGGACCACCAGUUGUCAACGAUUUUGGUGGUUGGAGGCAAUGGGCAGUAUUUCGACGUGGCAGACAGGGUGAUCAGUAUGGAAUCGUACUGCCCCAAGGACGUGACGUCGGAGGCAAAGCGCAUCGUUGAGCUCUUUGGAGAGUCGGCGGUUUUGCGGAAGUGGGGAGUGAGGGCCUAUCCCGGCGUUGUCCAGAGGUGCAUUGCACCUGCUGCCUACUACCGAGAGGCUAGCACCAACGUUAGAGACCGCUUCAGGAUCUACUUUGGGUCCGAGCUGUUGGAAUUGGGAGCUGUUGAGCAGCUCGUGGAGGUGUCUCAGACCAGAGCGGUCGCAGAAGCGGUGCACUACAUACAGAGUGGGGCAGCGGCACAAGGCCCCUUCAGCAAGAGGUCCCUGAGCAACAUCCUGGAUCACCUUGAGCAGGAGUUCGAUCGCCAGGGCCUCGACGUGCUGAACCCCAACCAGAAGCUUGGCAACCUGGCGCGGCCGCGGCGGUUUGAGAUACAGGCAGCCCUCAACCGCCUGAGGAGCCUCAACCUGGUACAAAUAAGGCGGGAGAGGUGA